AUCUGAGGUUUCUAGGAGAUGGUUGGGGGCAGCAUCGCUCAGAUGAGGUUUUUAAGCCAUUUAUCUUCUGAGCUAUUGAAAAAUCAUGUGCCCAUUUGGGGUUUUCCACUCAAUUUUUGACACAAACCAUCUUGGUCUUGUUUCUACUUUAUUUGAAGAAUUUCGCAGCUUCACUUCAGUUCCUUCCAUAAUGAGCCGUCCAAUGGAGGAAGAAACGGCUAAGAAUGAGGAAGAGGAAUUCAACACUGGACCACUAUCUGUACUCAUGAUGAGUGUGAAAAAUAAUACCCAGGUGCUAAUAAAUUGUCGAAACAACAAAAAGCUUCUGGGUCGUGUUAGGGCCUUUGAUAGACACUGCAACAUGGUUCUUGAAAAUGUCAGGGAGAUGUGGACUGAGGUGCCAAAGACUGGUAAAGGAAAGAAAAAGGCUCAGCCUGUCAACAAAGAUCGUUUUAUCAGCAAAAUGUUCCUCCGUGGAGAUUCUGUCAUCAUUGUUCUUAGGAACCCCAAAUAAGCUAGUUGACUCUGUAGUAUUUGCCUCUUCGGUAUCUUGAAUUCUUGAUAACUAAAUAUAUGGUCGUCUAGACUUUCCUGCCUUUAAAAUUGGUAACAUGUUGAGAUAUUGGCGGAGGAUGUCGAUGGUAUUUUGAUUUGGACGCCCAAGAACGAUUGAACCAAUUCUCAGAUAUCUUUUUCAAUUAUGUA